AUGCUCUCCCUAGUGGAGACAGCCUAUACCGAUCCGGACUCGGAAUUGCUUGAGGAUGGGGAUUUUUGUGGACAUCAGCCACGAAAAAUUUCCGUAUUGGAAUGUGUACACGACGGUGUGGUUGUGCCCGGCCCGUACUACGAGUCAGGAACGAGCACCAAAUUAUAUAAUGUACAAAAUGGGGCGAUCGAAUCGACCAAUACACGAGAGAGUUCCACACCAGACUCGGAACAUCAUCAACAACAACAACAACCACAACAGCAACAUACAAAACAACAACAGCGUACCAACUCGGGCCGGUUAGAAUCGGGGACAAACGAGGAGGACGAGGACGAGGACGAGGACGAGCCGACAGCAUCUGAACUGGGUCAGUCCACGACGGAAAUAAUCUCGUCCAGUUCGGCUAAUCACAACCAUGGAAUACAUGUGUGUCCCAGCGGGGAGAAAGUUUCCCGAACAAAUUUGUACAUUAAAGGAUUGCCGGAUAGUUUUAGCGAUGAAAAAUUGUGGAAUCUGCCACCGGAUCAGUGUCAGAUCAAAUCAGUCAAAGCGGCCACGGAUGAUGAGGGCAAAUGUCGCGGUAAGUUGAUCCUUUUGGGGAAAUGUCUGACGAGUGAGCUUGAAUGUGAAGCGCGGUGGGGUGGGGUGGGGUGGGGUGGGGUGGAUGGGAGGCAUUUGACGAUACUAUCUGAAUUCAGUAAGAUUGCGUAA